UCCCUCAGAUGUUGGCUGAUCUAGAUCGGCGGUUGGGGGCUGAGGGACUAUUGCAGGAACAGCCUCCAGCAAUAAUAACCGUGUCGGCGCAGCAAGAACAUGAGGAAGGAGAUAUAGAGGUAUGUGUCGAGGCCAAGAAACAUGAGCAAUCGAUUCAGUCUUGUAGCGCCAGUGAGCAAUAUAAAUGGCCCCAAGGCGAGGGUGAAAUACCAGAGUGGUUGCGUGAGAUGCCAGCUGCUGGAGGGGAAGCUGAAAGGCAGCGCCAUCUCGCCCUUUUGGAGGAAGAUGAGGAAAUACUGGGUAGGGUGGGAGAACUACUGGAAAACUCGACUGCAUGGCUCAGUUCUUGGACCCAGAGUGAAAAGAGGCUGCACAGUCGCCACCAGCACCACAAAAGCUAGCUGUGCCAUAACUGCCUAGAGAGUUGGCGCAGGAAUAAAACACACGGCCGAGCGGCAUGCACCGUCUCGAAAAGCACCACCCGUAGCUGCGCGAGAAGCGGCGGUAUCAGCGGUGGUCGCUGUAGUGCCAGCCACCACACCAUCGCAUACCCUCUCGCACCCAUUGGUGCUUCAGUGGGAAGAAGAAGAAGAAGAACAGCAACGAUGUCCCACCCUCCAGGCUGGCGGUGGUGAAGGCUCCAGCAAGCAGCAGCAGCAGCAUCGCCGGACACCGUCGCCGCAACCAGGUUGCUCCCAC